AGAACCUGACGGUCCCCCAUUGCUGUCAGGUUUCUGCCCUUUCGGUGCAGUUUUGGAGUCGCUAUUGAGGGGAUUUGGUACCUUUGACGUACCCUGAAACCCGACACGCCCACUUACACGGAAUCCUCACCUCCCUUUGUUCCGGGACACCCCCCAGAACCACCAACACCGCACUAUCAACUGUGUGGUCAACCCCUCACGAUCGUGCAAAUUUGGAAAGGUCUCGCCUUUUCAUCCCGACCGGCCAUUUGAUUUUUUGGCUCACGCCAACAAAUCCCAACCGAUCUCAUCCCCGCCGUUCUCGCCCUCUGCUGAGAUUGAUUCUCAAGUCAAUCAGCAACCACAUCCUCGCCCCGGUUCCAAUCGUUCAAAUUAAUCACAACAAACCAUCACAAUGGCUUUUGCUGCACGCGCCACCCGCCUGGCCCCGCGCUUUGCGGCCAUCUCUCGCCCUGCCGUCCCCCGUGCCGGUGUUUCCAUCGCCCAGCGCGCCGCCUUCUCUGGCUCGGCCCGCCUCAUGAAAUCCGAGGUCAUUAAGGAGACCGAGGUUCCCGUCACCGUGUACAGCCCCGACCACAAGGGCAUUGCCACUGGCAACUCAGACCACUUCAACAUUCCCGUCAAGAACAGUGCCGCUAGCCCCGAGGCCAUUGCCGAGGAGGAGGAGGCUGUUCAGCCUCUGGACGACCAGGUCUACAAGCAGAUGCCCCGUACUCUCCAAAAGAUGAGCGUUCACGGCAAGGUCAUCAUCAUCACUGGUGGUGCCCGUGGUCUCGGUAACCACAUGGCUCGUGCCUGCGCCGAGGCCGGUGCCAAGGCUAUCGCCAUCUUCGAUGCCAACCAGGACCUUGGUGACGAGUCUGCUGCUGAGCUGCACCAGAAGACUGGCCUCCCGGUCUCGUUCUUCAAGGUCGAUGUCCGUGAUGGCAGCGCUAUUGACGCUGCUGUCCAGAACGUCGUUGACAUUUACGGCGCCCCUGACGUCCUUGUCAACUCGGCCGGUAUCGCCGACUCCAACAUCAAGGCCGAGACCUACGACCCGGCCAUGUUCCGCCGCCUGAUCGACAUCAACCUGACUGGUUCCUUCCUCAUGUCCCAGUCUGUCGGCCGCGCCAUGAUGGCUGCCGGCAAGACGGGCUCCAUCAUCCUGGUUGCCUCCAUGUCUGGCUCCAUCGUCAACUACCCCCAGGAGCAGUCCUGCUACAACGCCUCCAAGGCUGGUGUUAUCCAGCUCGGCAAGUCCCUCGGUGCUGAGUGGGCCAAGCACGGCAUCCGUGUCAACUGCAUCUCGCCCGGCUACAUGGACACUGCCCUGAACAAGGUCCCCGCCCUGGACGCCCAGAAGAAGAUCUGGAAGUCGCUCACUCCUCAGGACCGCCUCGGUGCCGUCGACGACCUCAACGGUCUCUGCGUCUUCCUGGCUUCUGACGCCUCCGGCUUCAUGACCGGCUCCAACGUCAUCAUUGACGGUGGCUACACGCUUUACUAAAGCGUUACAUAUGGGACACGGGAUUGGCAUUCAUGGCUAUGCGGGAUACCCUAUAGACGGCUUACUGGAUUUGGUGGUUUCGCACAUGGGAGGGAGGAUACAGCGAUUUAAUGGAUCUCGGGAAGGGUGACUGGUUGUGGCAGCCAUGACCUUACUAUUUUCGGGUUUUUCAUCUUCUAGCUGGUGCUUGAUUUCACUUGGCUUCUGGGUUGGCGGCGUACGGCGAGGUUCCCGAAGGAACGCUUCCUUCGGUCAUGGCGGGGAACAUAAAACUGGUU